AUGCACGUAGGAUCAAAGCGCCGUCGGGCAGAUCCGCCCGCGCGCGAAACGCCGGAUGGCGCCUCGGGCGACCUCGCCGCGCGCGUCAGCGAACUGGAAAGCCGCGCCGCGCGCGUCACCGAAGUCGAACGAAAGCUCAAAAAGCUGAAGAGAAAGCUGAAAGACUCGAGGUCGCUCCUCGGGCACAAGGUGGACGAGCUCAUGCACAAGGAGGAGGAGCUCGCCGCCGCGAAAGCGACGAUCGCGGCGUACGCGAAGAUGCACCCGACGUUCGACGCGAACGAUGACAUCGCGAGCGUCGUCUUAUCGCACGUGACGGACGUCCGAACGCGCCUCGAAGAGCGCGAAGCCGCGCGCGAGCCACUUCUGGAACGACUCGCCGCGGACGCGACCGACGUCUUCAACGCGCACGUGCUCUCGCGGCUCGACGGUGGCGACCUCGCGAUGCUCGCGCUGGUGAGCCGGAGUAUGCGCGGCGUAGUCUUCGCGUCGUCCGUCGGCGACGUGAGGGACGUCGCGGCGGUGAGGAGAGAACUCGCGUGGGCGCCAAACUUCGUCGGGUCGGUCAGCAGGUUGACGUGGGCGAAGGAACAAGGAUGUCCGUGGGACACGAGGACUUGCCGCGUUGCCGCGUAUGGCGGCCACCUGGAGGUGCUGCAGUGGGCGCGCGCGAACGGCGCGCCGUGGGACGAGGAUACUUGCGCCGAUGCCGCGGAAGGCGGCCACUGGGAGGUGUUGCAGUGGGCGCAAGCGAACGGAUGUCCGUGGGACGAGAGGACUUGCGCCUUCGCCGCGGAACACGGCCACCUGGAGGUGCUGCAGUGGGCGCGCGCGAACGGCGCUCCGUGGGACGAGAUGACUUGCGCCAAUGCCGCGCUAGGCGGCCACCUAGGGGUGCUGAAGUGGGCGCGCGCGAACGGCGCUCCUUGGGACGAGAGAACUUGCCACCUUGCUGCGAUAGGCGGCCACCUGGAGGUGUUGCAGUGGGCGCGCGCGAACGGCGCUCCGUGGUGCGAGGGGACUUGCACCGGGGCCGCGUGUGGCGGCCACCUAGGGGUGCUGAAGUGGGCGCGCGCGAACGGCGCUCCUUGGGACGAGAGAACUUGCCCCGAUGCUGCGAUAGGCGGCCACCUGGAGGUGUUGCAGUGGGCGCGCGCGAACGGAUGUCCGUGGGAUGAGGGGACUUGCGCCGCAGCCGCGGGAGGCGGCCACCUGGAGGUGCUGCAGUGGGCGAGCGCGAACGGCGCUCCUUGGGACGAGAGAACUUGCGCCAAUGCCGCGAGACAAGGCCACUUGGAGAUGCUGAAGUGGGCGCGAGCGAACGGCGCUCCGUGGGACGAGUGGACUUGCGCCAAUGCCGCGUGUGGCGGCCACCUGGAGGUGCUGCAGUGGGCGCGCGCGAACGGCGCUCCUUGGGACGAGUAUACUUGCACCCUUGCCGCGCGUUUCGGCCACCUGGAGGUGCUGCAGUAG